AUGACGUUUGUGUAUGGCUUGUUGUCCAUUCUUCGGAGGCUGAAGCAGUCUCCGGAACAGGAGGUGCGCUUACUGUUGCUUGGCUUGGACAAUGCUGGCAAGACUACUCUGCUGAAACAGCUGGCAGCCGAAGAUAUCAGCCAGAUCACCCCCACACAAGGCUUCAAUAUAAAGAGCGUUCAAUCGUCUGGCUUCAAGUUGAAUGUUUGGGACAUUGGAGGUCAGCGCAAGAUCCGUCCCUACUGGAGGAAUUAUUUUGAGAACACAGAUGUACUGAUCUAUGUGAUCGACAGCUCAGACAGGAAAAGGUUUGAAGAGACAAGUCUGGAGCUGGCUGAGUUGCUGGAGGAGGAAAAGCUUGCUGCUGUGCCACUGCUAAUCUUUGCCAACAAACAGGAUCUGAUGACAGCCACGCCAGCGUCGGAGCUGGCAGAAGGUCUCAAUCUGCACACUAUCCGGGAUCGCAUGUGGCAGGUCCAGGCCUGCUCAGCAGUUACUGCUGAGGGAGUGCAGGAUGGCAUGACCUGGGUUUGUAGGAAUAUAACAUUACGGAAGAAAUAAUUCAGAAGGCGAGAAAUCUGUGAAGAACUGCAGUUGCACUUUACACUCGACCCACCCAGUCACUUUAAGUCCAGGACAAAGAGGUGACAGAAUGUGUCAUUAUUUAUAUUUUUUAGGAAACUAUCACUUUGCCAUUCUGUCUUUACUUGGCAGUAUAAAAACAUUUUAUAAGUAGAAGUUGUCAAUAGAGUGAUUGUAUUUGAACCUCUUAACCCUGUCAAUGCAUAUCUUGAAAUGUAUAUACUGUAUAUAUAAAGCUGUUUUGUUCAAAAUGCUGGUUCUGCACACAACUUGUUUUGUAAUGUGGUCCUUUUAAUGUGAGGGUA